CGCCAUUAUCCCUUUGGCAGAUUCACAGCUGAAAUGGCUUCCUCUCAUAGAGUUUGGCUCAUCACUGGCGCCUCGUCCGGCUUCGGCAGGGCUAUGGCCGAGCUCGCCCUAAAGAACGGCGACAAAGUUGCAGCCACCCUUCGCAACCCCAGCGCAUUGGAUGAUCUCGUGGCUCUGCAUCCGACUGGCAACCUCCUCGUGCUCAAGGUCGAUGUCACCCAGUCCGAGCAUACAACCGCUGCAUUCACGCAGGCUUACGAAAAGUUCGGUCGAAUCGACAUCGUGUUCAACAACGCAGGUCUUCUGACCAUCGGCGAGAUCGAGGCAUUCCCCGAGGACGAAGCGCGCAAGUUGUUCGAGGUCAACUUCUGGGGAGCCGUGCACGUCACCCGGGAAGCUCUUCGCCAGUUCAGAGAGGUCAAUAAGCCUGCGGGCGGGCACCUCCUCAACGUCUCUUCCGCCGGCGGAAUCGUCGGUAUUCCUGGGAAUGCUUACUACUGCGCAACCAAAUUUGCCCUUGAAGGCUUCAGCGAAGCCGCGGCAAAGGAAGUUGAUCCCUCUUGGAACAUCAAGGUGACAAUCGUCGAGCCGGGUCCUUUUGCGACAAAGAUGGUCAAGGAGAACAUCAAGCGAGUUCCGAACCACCCAGCCUACGCCGAUCCCAAGAUGCCGGGCAACCAGUUCGCCGCGUUCAUCACCUCGCCUCAGGACGGCGAUACUAUCAAAGCGGUUGCUCAGAUUGAUAAGCUUACGCGUUUGGACAGUCCUCCCUUGCGGUUUCCCAUUCACAGGGACCCUAUUGGUGCUGCGAGGGCGAAGUCGCAGGAGUGGAAGGAGGUGGCGGAUAAGUGGGAGUCGUGGUCCGAGGACGUGUAUCUCGAGAAGUAGAUCCCCAGUCUCCACCGUAAACAGGCAAUGAUCUGAUUACAUGUAGCAUUACAAAGACAAUCAACGGUGUACAAUGAGUUAAACUGCU